UUCGAUUGCGCUGCCCCAAGCUCACCACAAGCUCACCACAUCUCACAACGUCUCACCAGUGAUUAGUGACGCUACUUAACAGCAAGAAUGCGUCUCCUGAUUGCCGCCAUGUUGUUCCUGUCGGUGAUGUUGCUGUGUGCGGCGCAGGCGCAAUAUCCGCGCCCCCGUCGUCCCGAGCGCUUCGACACUGCUGAACAGAUCUCCAAUUAUCUCAAGGAACUGCAGGAAUAUUACUCUGUGCAUGGCAGGGGCAGAUAUGGAAAACGUCAAAUGCACAUAUCAGAUGCGUCCGUUAUCUUCAGGGAAAGUCCGUUUUUCGAACACGCGAUGAACGAAGGCAUCUUCAAGAACCUCGGCUAUAAGUAAAUCUAACAAACGUCGACUAAACAACAACACAAAUAACUUAAAAUGA